GACAUCUACCAUCUGUUUCUCCUGUUCCUCUGGAUGGAGCCAACUCUUUACACUGUAAGAGCCGCCAUCAUUUUGGACCAGGAUGGGCAUCGACUUCUGGCUAAAUAUUAUGAUGACACAUUCCCUUCCCACAUGGAACAGAGAGAAUUUGAAAGAAGAGUAUUCCAUAAGACACAAAGAUCUGAAAAUGAAGUGAUACUUGUGGAUGGAGUUACAGUACUGUGCCAGCAUUUAUCGGAUAUUGUUUGCUACAUUAUUGGGGGACCUGAUGAAAAUGAACUGCUGCUUCUGUCUGCAUUGACAUGUAUAUGCGAGAGUCUGUGCCAUAUGCUACGGAAAAAUGUGGAUAGAAGCUCUGUGCUGGACAACUUGGACACAGCUUUUUUGAUACUCGAUGAAAUAAUAGAUCAGGGAGUUAUUUUGGAGAGUGAAUCCCAGCGUGUAGUUCAGAGGCUCAGUUUCAAGACUAUCUCAGAACCAGCAUUUGGCUUUGUGCUGUUUGAUUAUAUCACUGGCAGCAAUGAGCAGGGAGAGCCGCAAAGAAGAGCAGUCAUGGACUAAUA